AUGCGACAUCAGCAAAACAUAUCCGAUCGUCUUACGGUUGAUAUCAAUUGUUCGUCUUUGAGCUCCAACGAGUGCCCAUCCAUGACCUCGAGCUUUUCACCUUUGGAUUCGCCUACACCCACACCUACAAGUAUAUACAGCCACGGCUCCUUAGAGUCACCAGGCUGGCACGAAGCGGGAUCGUUCCCCAGUCACACUUACGAACGACACACCGGCUCUACGCCUAUGCGCAGCGCCUUUCGCCUGGCAGGAAUGGCGUCGACAGAGAGCCUUGGAUUGUCCUAUGGCAACAUGGAACCACAGGAACGGAUGCCCAUGACGACCGACUUUUUGUCAGGGUAUGACGAGAAUAUCGAACAAUUGUGGAUGCCUUCGGAGACACCCAAGACCUAUGACCAUGUCACUCAAGGGCUCGCGUACCAUCACGGCAUGCAUCAAUACCCAACCAUGGGGCGCAACAACUACCGUCACCAACCGGCUACCUAUCUACCAGAGUCUGCGACCAACCCUUGUCUAUCGCGGUCGAUAUUUCAACAGCCAGAGCGGGGCUUGUCGUCAUCAAUGUCUGUAAACAGCAUGAUGCCCUGGAUGCCACUAACGGACUCAAUUCCACCACAGACGAUUGCGCCUUCGCAAGUCGCUCCAGUCACUCCACCGCCAUCGUACACAGAGUUUCCGACCUCUCUUAGUGCUUUCAAGCAGCACAGCCCCACAACGCCAGUGCGGUCCUGCUCCCUCGGUACGGGAUCUGGAGCCGAUACCCCGAUGAGUCGUCUCUCUGGUGGACCCUGCGAGUAUCUCGAUGAAUUUCAGCAAUCUCCAGUCUAUCGGGACGGAUUCCAAAGACCCCACCGCAUGGCCUCCAGAAAGACCCUCCGCAGGCAAACCUCCAAGCAAAACUUGAUGCUGGAAAAUCUUCCUCCAAUCAUCAAACAGGUUCAGUUCAAGUGCAAAGAGCCUGGUUGCAAUGGGCGCUUCAAGAGACAGGAGCACUUGAAGCGGCAUAUGAAGAGCCAUUCCAAGGAAAAGCCCCAUGUUUGCUGGGUUCCCGGGUGCCACCGUGCCUUCUCGAGAAGCGACAACCUCAACGCUCACUAUACCAAGACUCACAGUAAGCGAGGUGGGCGCAAUCGAUAUGUUGCGACGCUUGACGAUCAAAGUCCUGAUUAUGAUCCUGACUUUCGGGGACAGCUGACACCGGAUGGGCGUCCUAUCUAUGGGUCCAAGCUGGAAGAUCCCAUCCCCGGGGCGGGCGACAUUGGGGUGGAUACCUGGGAGGAUUGA